UUAAAUUGUGAAAAAAAUGGUUAACUACUCUGCUAAAUUUCGUACAAAAGAUGUCAACAUUAGUAUUCCUGAUACGGUUUACAGUUUGGAAAGUGAUUUGGGUCCUAAAGAGUUGAUGAACUUGAUUAAAACGAUUCUAAAGGAAGACAAUCCCUCAGUUGAUCUUAUCAGUGAUGGUAAAAAGUUGUCCUUCAUUGUUGAAGGUCGUUUGUUAAGGUCAACAUUAAUUGACCACUUUAAAAAUGUUGAUGAGGAAGAGGAGCCAGAGUCUAAUGUAAUUUCACCUGAAGAAAAGGUUUUAACAAUUGAAUAUUUUAUUAGUCAAAAAUCACCCAAGCCAAUCAAUUCCUGUUCGACUGAUGAUUGGAUCAGUUGUAUUGACACUAAUGAUGAGGCGAUAAUCAAUGGUUGUUAUGAUGGAGUUGUUAACAUUUGGAGAUUCAAUAAACUGGAUCAAGUCAUUUCCAUACCCGCUCAUUCAUCAGCAAUUAAAGAUAUUAAAUGGAUUCCAAGUAGACAAAUGAUUGGAUUUGAUAAUUUAACUGAUGAUGAUUAUUUUUUUGUGACAACUUCUAAUGAUGAAACUGUUUGUCUUUGGAAGAUCAACUUGAUCGCUGAAAAGGUUGAACAGAUUUACCUUUAUAAAGGUCACUCUCGAUCAGUUGAUUGUGUCGAUAUACAGGAUGGUGUUUUCGCCACCGGUUCUUAUGAUAAAUUACUCAAAAUUUGGGCUCUUUUCGAUAAAGAGAAACUUUCAAGUGGUGGUGAUGAAAAAGAAGAGGGAGAAAAUGAUUCAAAGAAAUUGAAAUAUAACAACACUGAGAGUGGAAACAAUAAUAAUAAUGACCAAAGUUGUAAAGUAAAAACGCCGAUAAUGACACUUGCUGACCACACAGAAGCGAUUACUGACCUUACUUUCAUCAGAGACUCAAAUGAUACCUCAACCGCUGGUCAUGCUCCCACAAUUAUAGUUACCUGUUCAAUGGACAAUACGAUGAAAUUGUGGGACAUUGAAUUAGGAAAAGUGGACUCAACUUUUUCCGGAUCCAAAGCUUUUCUAUCAAUCAGUUAUUCACCUUUAACCAAAUGUUUGAUCAGUGGAUCUUGUGAUCGUCAUAUUAGACUUUGGGAUCCACGUUCCAAUGAAGGUUCAAUUGUCAAGACAGUUUUCACUUCUCAUCAAGGUUGGAUUACAUCAGUUAAUUGGUCAACCACGAAUGAGAAUCUUUUUAUUUCCGGAUCUUAUGAUUCUCUAGUUAAACAAUGGGACAUACGAUCAUGUCGUGGACCAAUUUACGAUCUAAUUGGACAUGAAGAUAAAGUUCUGACCACCGAUUGGACUAAUUCAAAAUAUAUAAUCUCAGGAUCAGCUGAUAAAAAUUUAAAAAUUUACGAAAAUGAAUGUUGAUAAAAUUCAACUAAAUUCAAUCAUUAAAAUCUCUUCAUUUUUCUGUUAUAAUUGAAAAUUCAAUAAAGUAAUGAUUUCAUUUUGGUCAAACUUUA